UUGAUAGUCCAACAUGGCGACGAGGGUGGCACACGCGCUGAGUCUUUCCUUGGUGCUGUUGAUUCUCCAUGGAAAUCCGGGUUAUUCAACCAAGACCUUUACUUUCCCUGAAUAUCCAUACAAGGAAACUAGUAAAAAUGAACUGCUAUUUCGUGAAUUUGAGCAAGCAUGUGAAGAAAGUGGUGCUUGCAAAACGUUAUCCCAACCAAGAAGCAGUGUAGCGAAGACUCGAUGUAUCCGGGAAUGUGUGUCGCCCUCUUGUUAUAAAGAAAUCUACCUCUUUGAUCAGCUUGAAGAGGGUGAAAUAGACGUGAGGCUGAACUCCUUUAAGGGUUGCUUUAUGCAACGAAAUGGAAGACCAAAGAAGUAGCCCGAAGAAAAUAAAAACAACUUUCGCUCAAGAAAUCAAAGGUCCAUCAGAACAGAAGAACGACUAUUCCUGUAAAAAUAAAAUUCAAUGUCAGGGUCCAAUUAAUCAUAGCCAGCACAUUCUUCAUACUUUUUACUUAUUGUUAAUGAACGCACAAAUGUUAAGGAUAACGUUGUUAUAAAGGUAAUAAUUCUAAUCCUUAAUUUGCCAAACAUUCAUAUAUUACUUAUUUUUGCAAUUAAAUGUCUUUUUUAUACAUUUUGCAUGAGCAUAAAAAAGGUGAAGAUUUUAUUAAUAAUUUCAUUUUUUUAAUGAAAUUUUUUCAUACGAAAUAUUGAAUAGCACUAUUCGAAUCAAUGUUUAUUGUACAGUAGAGCAAAUAUUUCAUGCACAAAUGUUCAAAAUGGUCCUUGUUGUUUUGCUAAAAUUUUAACAUAAAUUUACGUUACAAUGCAAACCAUUUUAACAAUGUGAAAAUUUUUUGUACGCAAGACCAAAUUAAGGAUUAAUAAUAAUACUCACUCAAAUCUUUUUCCACUUUGGAGUUAAACCAAAAUAUCAACUCUUUUUGAAGUGUUCGUCUAUUGGCGGAGUUAUUUAAAUAAGAAGAAAAUGUUUGUCACUUCUAGUUAAUAUACGAGGGCUUAUUGUAUCUUGUCCUCGCAUCUUUCUCUAUUUAUCUAAAUGUAUAUGUCUACAUUCGCGAAAUCCGUAGCUCGCAUACGUCGAGGCAGAGAACGCGAGAUAAAACGCACUAAUCCUAUUUGAAGAAUAAUCCAAUAAUCCGGAAGAAAUUCACAGGCAUGCGAUGUUGAAUAAUAAUGCACAAUUUCCAACACGUAGAAAUUUUUAUAUAUAAUAAAUAUUUAUCAAUUAAAUUUUAUAAGAUCAACAAAACUAUUUUUCCUCUACAAUUAAUUAAUCUUUAUUC